UGGAAAUCUUGUUCAUAGUUCAAUAGAAUUUUCAAGAAUCAUCAUCGGGUUUGCCCUCUUGCUGCUGAUUCCCAUAUCGACACCCUAACAUUAUCUUGAUUCAGGCUGAUUACUUAACCAAGAAAAAGAAUAAAUAAAUCGGAUGAUGAUGAGUGAUAGAGAGAGUCCCAAAAAGCCAACUUUGAAUAACAAGAAAAAGAAGAAGAAGAGAGGUGGUGCUAAGAGGAAAAUGACCCUUGAGCAGACAGUGGCUUACAAAGCAGUCAAUGAAUGGGUUUCCUUGGACCAGUCAAAUAGUGCUUGUGUUGAUGCGUUUCUUGAUGAUGAUGAUUUUGGGGUUCAGUGCUACAGACCAAAGGAAAAGCUUGUCUUUGAGUUUCAUUGUCACACAACAUGCAGUGAUGGAUUCUUGUCCCCUACCAAGCUUGUUGAGAGAGCACAUCAAAAAGGGGUGAAAGUCCUGGCUUUGACGGAUCAUGAUACAAUGUCUGGCGUCCCUGAAGCCAUGGAAGCAGCUCGCAGAUUUGGCAUGAAAAUCAUUCCUGGUGUUGAAAUCAGUACAAUCUUCUACUCAAGAGGGGACUCAGGGCCAGAAGAACCCGUUCACAUCCUUGCCUAUUACAGCAGUUGUGGGCCUACAAAAUCUGGGGCAUUGGAGAAGUUUCUAGGGGAUAUUCGGGAUGGGCGAUUCCUACGUGCAAAGAACAUUGUCUCAAAAUUGAACAAACUUAAGCUGCCCGUAAAAUGGGAGAACGUAACAAAGAUCGCAGGAAAAGGCGUUGCUCCUGGAAGGCUUCAUAUUGCUCGUGCUAUGCUCGAAGCAGGACAUGUUGAAAAUCUGAAACAAGCUUUUGCUCGAUAUCUUUAUGAUGGUGGACCUGCUUAUUCCACGGGAAGUGAGCCUGUUGCAGAGGAGACAGUGAAAUUAAUACAUGAAACAGGGGGUGUUGCAGUAUUGGCGCACCCAUGGGCACUGAAAAAUCCUGCUGCUAUAAUCAGAAGACUGAAGGACGCAGGCCUGCAUGGUGUAGAGGCUUAUAGAAGUGAUGGCAAAUUGUCAGCAUACUGUGAUUUAGCUGAUGCACACGAUCUUCUGAAGCUUGGAGGAUCCGAUUAUCAUGGAAGAGGGGGGCAACAAGAAUCGGAUGUGGGAAGUACUAGUGUUCCUGUUUUAAAUGUGCAUGAAUUCCUUAAGGUGGCUCGACCAAUCUGGUGCAAUGCCAUCCUGGACAUCCUCAAAAACUACAUCAAAGAUCCUUCCGAUUCAAAUCUGCAACAUAUUAUCAAAUUUGGAAAGACCAAGGUCUCCAAAACUAAUUCACCUUUCGGCAGCCCCAGUGAGUUGAUCAAUCAGUGUUUGUCGUCAUGGCUGUCAAAAGAAGAAAGAGAUAAUGCGGAGUUCGAGACGAUCAAGUUGGAGCUCACCCGGAUAUCAGCUGCCCAGGCAGAGUUGGCAGUAAGUAAUUAAUUUCUCAUUGGGUACUUUUGUUCUUUCUCCUCCCACACAUCAAAGGUGACAAGAUUAGUUUUUGUCUAUACAUUUUGGAGGCUAUUGACCAAAGAGAGUUUUCAGAGGACAUAGGUUUCUUUUUCUUUGAUUAUUAUUAUCAUUCAUGCAUUCGUUUUAAAACAACUUGUAAUUAUAGUUUUGAACUUCGCUGAAUAGUGUUUCUCUUCAAACUAGAAGUGAAUCAACUGUGGAGGCAGAAAUUCUCUUGUUAUAGUGUUUCUUAUAAAACCACAGAUCCUCGUUUCAUUAGUUGGAAUUUUUACACCAGUUCUAAGAGUA